ACGCAUAUGCAGUUGCUACACAAGCUCUUGCAACCUGUAAAUUCACGAGACGUGCACCCUUCCGGAAGUUGACUUUCCCGCUGGCACCUUUCAUUAAUUGUCGCUCUAUUAAGGCGUUCCAAUGGACUUGUUAGGUGACUACAGUGACUCUGACAACGAGGAGAAAGCUGCCAGCCCUCCCAGCAAGCGCAGCGCGGGGGACACGGCGCGGGGGUCAACAGGCGCGGGCGGUGCUGGGACCUCGUCCGUCCCACAGCCCCGCAACGCGGCCCCGGAGCCAGCACCAGUAACAGGGCUAUUUAACCCAUUCGCUCCGGAAGGAAGCGGGGGUGGCAGCGGUAUUGGCUCCGGGGCCUCUCCCUCUAGCGGCGGCAAGCGGGGCUACGGCCAGGUGACCGGCAGCAGCGCGGGCCGCUCGCAGCCGGCGCCCGCCAAGGCCUCGCGCUCGGGGCCGGGCGGUGCCACUGCCGCGGGGCCCAAGCCUGCUUUCGGUGCGGGCAUGCUGGUGCCGCCGCAGCUGCGACACGGGAGGGCCAACGUGUCCACCGAGGACGUGGAAAAGCUGUUCACCAAGGGCAAGCUGGAGGCGAAACAGCAGCAGCAACAGCGAGGAGGAGGGGCGGCAGGAGGCGGGUCUGCGGCUGGGGGCGGCGCGAAGAGCUAGGAGCUGGGCUCAGGGCGGAGCGUAGGUAGUGGGGUUUGGGCUGGCAGCGGCAGAGGAGCACGGCGUGUUUGCGCUGCCGCGGUUGUGGGCUGGUGGUGCUUGCAGCUCCGUCAGAUGGCAUGUUUGACAUGGAGGAGGUGGCACAGCGGACACAGCGGACAGGUCGCCGGGUGGUUGCAGCGGAGCGGGGGGGGGGGCGUGUGCAGGCAGCUGGUAUGGGUCGCGCCUGGGUACUUGCCUGGAGGCGUCCACUUUAAAGCGCAUGUAAGCCCAGUCUGCA